GGCGGCCUCUGGCCCGUCAGUCGGUGGCCGCACGUUGCCGACGUAACGUCGUGACAAUUUCGUAUCGCGCUCGCACCCUCCCUUUCGGCGAAUGUUCGAACGUCUUCUUUUCAGUGUGCAGACUUGAACCGACCGCAGUCCGAAGGAAACGCACAAUAUCGUUUUCAGGCUUUCCACGAUUCGUUCGUUGCAGGUUUCCUUCUUUACCCCGACGAAAGACACGAGUGUAAUAUUUCGUUAACCAUGCGUCUGGAACGGCGUGACAGUGCAAAGUACGCGUAAAAAGUCACGCUCCUAGUGUCUGCUUCUCGAGCUGAACGGCGGACACGCACGAAACGUGUUAUCGAAGAAGGCAUUCGAGAAACGUCGUUCGUAGAUACGCGUCGAGUAGAUGUUUCGAUUGUAAUCGUUGCCGUCCUCGUCGACUUGUACGGUUGCCGGGCUUCCGUGAAUCAAAGUGAAACGCGGCUUCCCGCGAUUUAUCGGUACACGCCGGAAGGUGUGGCGCGAAAAGCACGGUGCAACGAGUGACGAGGAAGUAGGACGAGCGAUUCCCUUGUCACACCGACCACCACCGAUCUGCCCUAUUUCCGUGAUGCUCAAGGUUAAGGAAACCCCUUGCUCGAGCCCGUCCGCGUUAUCAUGAAGUUGAACGGGAGAGAGGAAACAGGAAACUUGGGACGACGAGCGUCUUUCGCUGGAUCGGGUGGAAGAUAAAUAACAUCAGCGAAAAUGUUGAUAAAAGAGUAUCGGAUACCGCUGCCUCUCACCGUGGAGGAAUACAGGAUUGCUCAGCUUUAUAUGAUCGCGAAAAAAUCUCGCGUAGAGAGCCAAGGAGCGGGCAGCGGUGUAGAGAUCAUAGUGAACGAACCUUACAGCAACGGACCAGGUGGAAAUGGACAGUACACGCAUAAGAUUUAUCACGUGGGACGUCAUCUCCCGGAAUGGUUCAAGAGUUUGUUACCUAGAUCCGCCUUGAUCGCCAAGGAGGAAGCAUGGAACUCUUAUCCCUAUACGAAGACACGUUACACGUCACCCUUCGUAGAGAAGUUCUCCAUCGAAAUAGAGACGUACUAUUUUCCCGACAACGGUUAUCAGGAGAACGUGUUCAAGCUCAGCGGCAGCGAUCUGAGAAACAGGAUCGUCGACGUAAUCGACAUCGUCAAGGAUCAACACAUGGGCGACUACGUGAAGGACGAGGAUCCUAAGUUGUACGUGUCCCAGAAAAGUGGCAGAGGACCGCUCACCGAAUCAUGGCUCGAAGAUUACUGGGCAGACGUAAAAGGCAAGCAACAACCAACGCCGGCCGGGAAGUCGUUGAUGUGCGCCUACAAGCUCUGCCGCGUGGAAUUCCGUUACUGGGGCCUGCAAACAAAAUUAGAAAAAUUUAUACACGACACGGCUCUGCGGAAAACCAUGCUGCGCGCUCACACGCAAGCCUGGGCCUGGCAGGACGAAUGGAUCGGUUUGACGAUGGAGGACAUCCGAGAAAUCGAGCGACAAACUCAACUGGCGCUGCAACGAAGGAUGGGCGCUGCCGAGGGUAGCGAGGAAGCCACCGAAGAAAAUCAGGAGAUGUCCGCUUCGAAUGCGACUCCUCAGGACUCGGACGUUGCCAUGACCUUAGCCGCGACCCUUGGGAGCAUCGAGAAGAACGAGGACCUUCAGAGUCCACCGAGCGUCAGGAAGUCAUCCGACAUACCCAACGCGAACACGACAGGUAGCUCUGAAGGCGAUAUCAGCCCUGAAGAUUCGCCGACCGAAGUACCUGAACUUAGAAAUGCUCCCGUUGAGGAGAAAGGUGAAACUAAGAAAGGGUGGAAGAAUAAAACGACGGUGCAUUCGCCCAGUUCGAACAAGAGCUUCGACAUGCAGAUAGCGAAUUGGCGCAUGGAGAGCAUCGUCAGGGAAUCCGAAUCGGGUAGCGAGGACGAAUUCUUCGAUUGUCAAGAGGGCUUUGGAGAUAACUCGUCAUUAGCUAAAUGGAGUUCUUUGGAUCUUCUAGCAGAAGAGGAGGACAAUACGUUCACUUCGCCCACCACGGCAGGCAAAGAAGACGACACUAUAUUUUCACCUUCCUACCUACAACGGAUGGCUUGUGAACGUAGCAGUAAAAGGUUGCAGAUCUCUACAUCGGCCAGCAUCGAUGUCUCGUGUCCAGCUUCGCCUCAACAUUCGCCGACCCAUCAGCCUUGCAAAACCACUGUACUGCUUAUCGUGAUGCAUGCUGGAAGCGUGUUAGACGCAAACGUUGACUUAACCGCAAAAAAGUCGGACAUCACAACAUUCAAAGGGGCCUUUGAGUCAGUCAUGAGACAGCACUAUCCCAGCAUGGUAGGACAUGUCGCUAUCAAGUUUGUUUCCUGUCCCUCUAUCUGUACCGAAGGUCUGGGUAUCUUGUCGAGUCUAAGUCCAUAUAGUUUCGACGUGUCACCUUCCUCCAUGGACGCCCCUCAAGUGACACACGACACCAUCCCAAUUGGUGCAAUACCAUUGUUUGCUAGUUCCACUCCUGAGUAUCAGGAUGCAGUCUCGCGAGUUAUAAACGGAGCCAAUCAAGUUUACCACGAGUUCAUUAAAAGCGAAGAGGGUCGCGGUUUCACGGGGCAGAUUUGCUUUGUUGGGGACUCAGUAGGAGCAAUUUUAACGUAUGACGCUUUAUGUAGAUCAUCCCACUCCAGGCAUAAUAGCGAAAACAAUAUUUUGAACAAUCAAGGCAUCGAGAACAAUGAAGAUGGGAAACACUUAGUCGCGCCUUCCCCCAGAAGAAAGUCUUCAAGUACAAGCGAUGGUCAACAGAGUUGUAAAUUGGACUUUGAAGUGGGAGAGUUUUUCAUGUUCGGCAGUCCACUUGCGUUAGUUCUAGCGUAUAGAAAAAUUUCUUUGGGCGGUGAUAAAAAUAGUAAUAUAAAAAGACCAUUUGUGAAUCAAGUGUAUAACCUAUUCCAUCCUACUGAUCCUGUAGCUGCUAGGUUAGAGCCAUUAAUCUCUGCCAGAUUUUCUCUCCUUCCGCCCGUUAACGUGGCUCGAUACCAGAAGUAUCCGCUUGGGAACGGUCAGCCAUACCAUUUGUUGGAAGCAAUUCAGACGAAUCCACAAUUAUUUACCGAUGGUCUAAACAUUCCAAACGUAUCAAUGUCUCAAUUAAGGCGUCUGUCCGAUAUAUCAAUUCACAGUACGAUGUCCGGUAUGGUUGAACAUGUUCCUUUACAAAUAGUAUCUAAUUUAACGCAAAAAUGGUGGGGCACAAAAAGAUUGGACUACGCGCUCUACUGUCCGGAGGGUUUAGCAAAUUUUCCCACGAACGCUUUGCCACAUCUUUUUCAUGCUAGUUACUGGGAAUCUUCCGAUGUAAUCGCAUUCAUUGUACGACAGUUAGGCAGAUUUGAUUCACCUAUACUUAACAACGAGGAGAAAGAAUUAACUUGUUUCCGUCCAGGUCAACCUAGAGAAAAAUGGAAUAAGAAACGUACUUCUGUUAAACUAAAGAAUGUUGCUGCCAAUCAUAGAGCGAACGACGUAAUUGUCCGGGAAGGAGCACCGCAAGUGUUGGUUGCUAGAUUUAUGUAUAGUCCAAUCGAUGUUAUAGCUUUAACAGGUGAGAAGGUGGACAUCCACAUUAUGAAGGAUGCACCCGCGGGAGAAUGGACGUACUUAUCAACCGAAGUGACUGAUAAGAAUGGUAGAAUAACAUAUAAAAUACCCGAUGACAAGGCAUUAAGCUAUGGACUUUAUCCAGUUAAAAUGAUUGUUAGGGGCGAUCAUACAUCCGUAGACUUUUUCUUGACUGUGAUUCCACCGAAAACAGAGUGUGUGGUAUUUAGUAUAGAUGGUUCAUUUACGGCAAGCAUGUCCGUUAGUGGGAAGGAUCCUAAAGUUAGAGCAGGGGCUGUUGACGUUGUCAGGCAUUGGCAAGAAUUGGGUUAUUUAAUUAUUUAUAUUACUGCGAGGCCUGAUAUGCAACAGCAGAAAGUUGUUUCCUGGUUGUCUCAACAUAACUUUCCUCAUGGUCUUGUAUCCUUUGCGGAUGGUCUUUCGACGGAUCCGCUUGGUCAUAAAGCUGCGUACUUAAACAAACUCGUUCAGGAGCAUGGUGUAAUAAUCCAUCACGCGUAUGGCAGUAGCAAAGACAUUAGCGUCUACACAGCAAUUAAUCUUAGGCCAAAUCAAAUUUUCAUCAUCGGAAAAGUACCAAAGAAGCAUCACGCUCUGGCGACGAUACUUCAUGACGGUUACGCUGCUCAUUUAACCAUGCUACAGGCGUAUGGAGGUUCGAGACCUGCUCAGGGUAAUGCACGCAUGGUGAUCCCGAGAGGUCAGUUUGGUUUACCCGGACUAAAUGCUUCUCUACGACGGAGAAGCUCUUUCAGGCUGGCCAAGAGGGCAAUAUCGCAACCCUUCCCGAGCAAGAUGUUGUUGCCAUUGGAGCGAUCGACGAGCGUUGGCCCCUCAAUUUCGCCGCAGACUGGGCCAGCCAUCAAAACCACGGCACCGGAGAAACUCUGACGAUUCGCGCGCUGUCGGUCAUUCUUCGAAUCCCGACAGUGAACGAUCCACCUUCAAUCACGAGGAUAGCUCGGAUAGCUUGAAACACAACUAAGCAAGACAAAAGUCACCGUACGUUUCAACCGACGCGUCCUCAAUGAUCUAAAGAAGAUGAUUCUACUUUGUUACUCCACUUUUAUAUCCUCUCUGUGUAUAGCUGUAAAGUUCACGUCAUACAGUGUGCCAUUUUACAAAUUCAGCUCUGCGUUAGCUCAAACAAAAUAUUCUCGUGAAAUUCUGACUUUUCUGACAGUUUCUAUAACAAAUCAAGAGUCAAACGUAGAUUUCUAACCGGUUUCAUUCGGGUUGUAAGAGUUACGUUACUACGUUUAUGUAUUAUUUUUAAAAGAAACCACCAAGUAAAUACCAGAGGAUUUAAUCUUUGUCGAAUAACGAUAUUUAUGAUCUCGUAAAACCGGAUUUUUAAAAUAACAUACUGUGCGUCGUGGCCGUCGUUUGCGACGGUCCACAUGUAUAUAAUGCAAACCGCGAAAUCAUACAGACCUCCUCCGAGAAGGAUCUCUCCGAUCGAUCAACGGCUCGAACGUACGGGGACUAUUUCCAUGCGAAGACGAUCAGUGACGUCGUAUCGAGGAUCUGCACGGUGUGAUUUAACUUUUCUAUCGGCGUGACCAGAGCUUUUUUUCUAGCGACUUACCGAACACUCUCUGUAAACGUUCCAGAGAUUCCACACUGACACGAUGCAAUAGGCGUCUUUUGCAAGGUGAUCGAACACGAUCAAAAUUUUUGAUAAAAUAGUCGGACGAUAAAGUGUUUAGUUCCUACUGUGAAUGACGAAUAAAAGUAAGCACGAUUUCCUAGAGAAACAGCACCGUUUUUAGAUUUUCGUUUCCGUGCGCCUCCCUCGAUCGGUUUCAUCAUCCAGCAAGCGAACAAAACGUGUACGGUGAUUAACUUUAGUAUUCGGACACUUUACAAUGUUUACUUCGUCUAUGACGAACGAUAGGGUUGCGAUAAAAGUUGCAACCAGUCCGAAUAUUAAAGUUGCUGCGUGUACAAUCAUCUUUACCUUACUUUUUGUAGUUUAUAAGACGUUAACGAAUAUUUGUUGAAAUUGUUACGUGAAUCUUUUUGUUGUUAUCGAGAACAAAACUGGCAUUAAUUGUGACAUUAACUGUUAGCGGUAAUUAAUCUGUAAGUCCUGUUAGCGCUCUGAUCCAUUGCCAAAGGCUAUUGGAUAUGUAAUGCAUGAAUGUCGCGCCCAAGUUCCUUCGGUGCUAUGUUAUUUUCAACGUGCUAUUCGUAUCGAUUUCUAAAAAGAACAGAAGGGAAGAGUAUGUGCAAAAGUAUAACACCGUUUUGUAUGUUGUCUAUUGAGCAGUUUCGUGGGUACGUUAGGUGUUUUCCCGAUAAACGUUGGUACAAAGACACUUCCCUCAUAUCGCGUAGUUCCGUGUUGUCGUGGCCGGGUAUGUAAAUACGACUAAAGUGUACAUAAGUCGCUGCAAUGUUCAUGGAUAACGUUAGAAUAUAAUUUGUUAGUUAGUUACGAUCUUCGUCGACGGACGUGUGCUGUCCAGAUGAUAAUAAAUGUAGCUCCUGUCGCGUGAACAAACGGAUAGCUCUGCGACGAAAAAAGCCGGCGUUAGCUACCGAUGCGUUCUGUCGACAAUUGUACGCUUAACAUUUUCCAAUUAGAUGAACAAUUAUCGUCCACCUAUCGGUCGAGGAAAUGUAAUCUAAUUUUAUAAUCGGUAACAAUUUGAAUUAUUGCAUCGCUUAUCGUUACGAGCAAUUAUUAUGAGAUAGUUACGUGGCGCAUUAGAAAGCUCAGCGAUUCGAUCUUGUAUUGUUUAAAGCAACGAUGUUUAAAAAGUAACGCGGCUAAGAAGUGAUGCGACUUGAUUCUUUGAACCUCGCCAACACCAUAGACGACGAUGGUGAAAUCAUUUCUUUUUUUCUUUUCUUGAGCUAAGUAUUUCGAUAGCAGACGGAAUUAGAUUAAUAAUUAAUUAAUUCAUCGUUGUACCAUCAUUGUUCCUUGACUGUUCCAAUAAUAUCGUAGUCGGUCGAAGAUCUGGCAUCGAUCUAGUCCUGGCGUAAAUGGAAAGAAAUAAUAUAUUAUUAUGUCUACGCUGUGAUGCGGUACGUGAAGCAGAUUUAUUAAUAUUAACCAAAAUACUGACUGUUUGUAUCGUUGUAAAGAGGCACGAGCGUAGUUCUAUAUACAGAUAUACGGUAUACUGUGUAGGUAUAUAUACAUACGUCUAUCAGAAUGUGUCCGUUUACAUGUAUACACAUGUAUGUAUAUAACAGUGUGUAUAUGUAUGUAUAAGGUGUUUGAGAAGCGCGUAACUUUAUUGAAUUGUUGAUGAAAUCCUAGGAAUACGAAUGAGUUAAGUUUUUGCAACGUUUAUUCUAAAUUCAUGGAUCUCAAACACUUUUUACAAUGUUUAGUUCGAUGUGUAAACAAUUACUAAUGGUCGUUUUUGUGCAUAUCGAGAAGGUUAUUCGUUGUCAGAUAGAUCAUACAUUAUUAUGCGUAUAACCGAUAAAGUUAUUCGCGAAAUACCUUAUAUAUGUAUGUAUACGAUGACGUUAUUCUUAAGAUAUAUUAUAUAUUUAUUCGUAGACGUGACUGCAAAGAUAUUUUACUUAUACGGAUGAACGAUUAUUAUCACUGGUAAUAAGAGUUAUAUUUUUGUUAGCAUAACUUAAAUGACAUGUUGUAAUAACUAAUCAAGAGUCAUUGUUUUAUAUUAUGCGAUCUCGCUCUAACAUAACGAUUGUUUUAUAUACCGUUGACUCAUGAUUUUCUUAAUCAGCUUCAGCUGGAAAGGAUCUCAGAUUAUUGAAUAGAACGCCUGACCGACAAAACUUGUAUUCCACUUUCUUCAUUGGGUAUUACAAUAAAUGAUAAAUCAUUGUCGUUUA